CGUCUCGAGGGGCGGAGUCACUGGACGCGAAGCAGGAGCAGCAGGAGCCGUGGCUCGUUUAGUGACAUCGUUAAGGAACGGCUUGGUGGUUUAAUCAUGCCUAUGAAGGGAAGGUUCCCUAUACGGCGGACACUGGAGUAUCUGCAGAAAGGAGAAGUCGUGUUUAAACAAUCUGUGAAGAUUAUGACUGUGAAUUAUAACACGCAUGGAGAUCUGAGUGAAGGAGCAAGGAAGUUUGUUUUCUUCAAAAUCCCUCAAAUCCAGUACAAAAACCCCUGGGUUCAGAUAAUGAUGUUCAAGAACAUGACUCCCUCGUCCUUCCUCCGGUUUUACCUCGAUAAUGGAGAGCAAGUGUUGGUGGAUGUAGAAGGAAAAGACCACAAAGAAAUCACGAACCACGUGAGGAUGAUUCUCGGAAAGUCAAAUACGGUUCUUGAAGCUGAAGCUCUGGCCAAAAUGGAGUUUUCUAACCCUGCUAACUUUGGGCCCAAGAAGUAUUUCUUGCGGGAGUGCAUCACUGAAGUGGAGGGUCAAGUCCCUCAUCCUGGUUUGGUCCCGCUUCCCAAAGAGAUGACUGGAAAAUACAAGGCUAAGAUGUCUGCAGCCUCUGAGGAGUAGAGCGUGGGAUGAAUGGGAAAAAACAUCUUGGAAGCUUAAAAGAAAUCUGAAUGGUCCAUAAACUUGUUUUUGUUGUGUGUGAUGAAUAUGAUUUGAUAUUUGUGACUUUUUUUUAACUUUGAACAUUGAUCCUGGAGGGCCGGUUUAGCUCCAACCCUGAAAAACCCUGGGAGGAAAAAACACCUGACUUUAUCCAGAAGAAGAAAUAAAUGAUCUGGUGCCCUGCUCUGACUCUGACUCGCUAUGGAAAGCAGACUUGUUUUAGAAACUUGCAAAAAUAAACCCAUUUGAUCAUUUA